AUGGCAGCUCCAGUCUACAUUAUUUCUCGGGUUGCCGAUCCGAUUUUCGCCCUCUUCAUUGGCGUCUCAGCAGCAGCUCUAAGGAUCAAUCGCGAGGAGAAGGAAAAGGGCAAGACCACACAAGAGAUAAUCGAGACGGCUCGCCGGUAUGCUCCCUGGUAUGAUACCAUCUCUAAUUCGCUUUCUAAAUCAAGAAUCGCAGGCGCCUUGGACUAG